GUCCCGGGAGAGGCAGGAAGCCACUUUUGCAAAGCGGGGAUGGAGGUAAAUUGUUUAACGCUAGAAGACCUUAACCACUCCCGGCAGUCCAGACGAGAUUUUGCAAUUGAAGAUGGAGAAAAUGCACAAAAGGAAAAUAUAUUCAUGGAUCGAUCGAGGAUGCCUCCAAAGACACCAAUAAAAAAUGAACCAAUUGAUUUAUCGAAGCAAAAAUUCUUCACCCCCGAAAGACAUCCCAUUACUCCGGUUAAACUUGUUGAUCGACAGCAGGUAGAACCAUGGACACCCACAGCCAACCUCAAGAUGCUCAUUAGUGCGGCCAGCCCUGACAUAAGGGACCGUGAAAAGAAAAAGGAACUGUUCAGACCCAUCAAGAACAAGGAUAAUGCAUUUACAGACUCACUGCAGCUCGAUGUUGUUGGGGACGGUGCUGUGGAUGAAUUUGAAAAGCAAAGGCCAAGCAGAAAACAGAAAAGUUUAGGACUCCUGUGCCAGAAGUUUCUAGCUCGCUACCCAAGUUAUCCCUUGUCAACCGAGAAAACGACUAUCUCCCUAGAUGAAGUUGCUGUCAGUCUUGGUGUUGAAAGGAGACGCAUCUAUGACAUUGUAAAUGUGCUAGAGUCACUGCAACUGGUCAGCCGUGUGGCCAAGAAUCAGUACGGCUGGCAUGGACGGCACAGUCUGGCAAAAACCCUGAGGAACCUCCAGAGACUAGGAGAGGAGCAGAAAUAUGAAGAGCAGAUGGCACAACUCCAACAGAAAGAGCUAGACCUGGUGGAGUACAAAUUUGGAGAACGGAAAAAAGAUGUCUACCUUGAUUCUCAAGACCAGCAUGUACUGGAUUUCUCUGAACCUGACUAUCCUUCUUCAUCUGCAAAUAGUAGAAAAGACAAAUCCUUGAGAAUUAUGAGCCAGAAGUUUGUUAUGCUGUUCCUUGUAUCCAAAACCAAGAUCGUUACCCUUGAUGUGGCUGCCAAAAUACUGAUAGAAGAAAGCCAAGAUACUCCAGAUCAGAGUAAAUUUAAAACAAAGGUACGCCGCCUCUAUGACAUAGCCAAUGUUCUGACCAGCUUGGCCCUGAUAAAGAAAGUGCAUGUCACUGAAGAACGAGGUCGUAAACCAGCCUUCAAGUGGAUCGGGCCUGUGAACUUCAAUGCCAGUGAUGAAGAACUAGUGGAUGCAUCUGCCUUAUCAGCACCAAAAAGAGACACACACGGCCAGAAUCCAGUUUGUGCAAAACAGAGGCUGGCUAGACAUAGUUCCUUUAAUACAAUUCAGACCUCUGAGAAGAUCAAGAGGAAAGUGAGCUCAGAACCCAGCAGCCCUUACAGAGAAGAACAAGGAUCUUGUGGUCGCUCCUUAGAAAUUGCACGUCUGGCAGAUGUCUACAAGCACCAGAUAGAAGAAAAUUCACAGAGGAAAGGUUUUGCCAGUAAGAAAAUGGUACCUCCCUCAAACAGCUUGGACCCUGUUCUUCCUUCCCCUGCCCAUCCUGUGGGCUCCGAAUAUCCUGCUAAUCCAUUAGCACAGCAAGUGUUUUCUCUUCCUCAAGUGGAUAUGCCAGCAUUCCCCACGCCUUGUGGUCUGAAUGGACAGGUAGGAGUCUCGCUCACUCCGGCCACCUCAGACAUGGAGAACCUGAAACCAGCCGUGCUGGCCGGUCAGCCCUUGGUGUGUGUGCCCUCCACCUCAUUAUUCAUGCUGUACGGUAGGCUUCAGGAAGGUCUUCCCUCGGGGCCAGGCUCCGAGAAGGACGGGAGAAGCACAGAAGUCUCCACAGCAGAACCAUCGUCUGCACCUUCAGCUCAGAAGCGUGCCAGUGAGGAGAGGAGGGCUCAAAAGGAGGAAGAGCCAGUCAGUAAAAGACAACGUAUGGAAUAUGAAGAUGGACCCUUAUCCCUUGUUGUGCCCAAGAAAACUACAGAUGUCACAGAAAGUGCCUCUCGGAAGACUAUCAACACGGAAUCCGUGCCCCACGAAGAUGUCUGUGUGAAUGGCCAGCUCACUGCUGCAAAGGAGGUUUCAAGAAAACCUACAGUGAACGGCUUCGUCUAUCCUGAGUGGGGAUAUCCUUCCAAAAAAGCAGAGAUUGAGAAGUCUUCUCAAGAAAAUGAAAGCACCAAAGAGCCCCCUCUUCUUCAGUAUCUUUACGUGCAGUCACCAGCUGGAUUGAAUGGCUUCAACGUGCUCGUACCUAGUGGUCAGAGCCCUCAUGCCUUGGGACCAUCUUCAGGCCAGCUGCCGCCCCUCAGUGUUCCCUGCAUGGUCUUGCCAUCUCCGACUCUGGGCCCUUUUCCAGUUCUCUAUUCUUCCACAAUGUCUGGGCUGGGUUCUGCUGCAUCCUGCACGCUGCCAAACACAGGACCGGUGAACAUGAGCUUGCCUGGCCUGGGAUCUACAGCCCAUCUUCUUAUCAGCCCUGCGACCAUGGUUAAUCCAAAGUCAUCAGCACUCCCCACCUCAGACCCUUUGCUCCAAGGCCAACCCUCCCUGACCCCGAAUCUGGAGGUGUCACAGGCCUGCAGUGCUACCCAGCCUGGAUCACCUGUUUAUGUGGGACACCCAGCCCCAGCAGUGAAGUUACAACAGUCACCAGCUCCAUUAACUCCGAAGACAAUUCGACACACACAUCGGGAAACAUUUUUCAAGACACCAGGCAGCCUGGGAGACCCUGGAACCAGGAAAAGACAAAGGAAUCUGUCACGAAACACCACGUCGGCUCAGAGAAAACUCGAAAUCCCCAGCAGUGGGGCUGACUAA